AUGGCCGACACACGUAAACGAUGGAUCGAUGAUGAAGCUGAUGGUACCAUUGUCAGUAGUGAUCUACUAGCUAAAAAACGUCGUGUGAAGAAUCACAAGAAAAUGGCGAUCAUGAUCAUCAUGAUGAACAAGCCUUGGACGACGAUCAGAGAGAAAGAGAAUCCUGUUGGAAAAGGAGAACAACCAACAACCAUGGUCCAUUGUGUCCAUGUCGUCGUUGAUCUUUUGGAUGGAGAUGUGAUAGCCAAAACGACUCGUUCAACCCACACAAAAUGCCGUCAACAAUGUAAAAUCAUCCGUAUAGAAAGCAAUAAUUCACAAAGCGAUGAUCAAAAGACAAGCGGUAAAAUCCUACAGAUCCAAUUGAUUAAUUUUAUGUGCCAUUCCAAUCUGAAGAUGACAUUAGGAGGAAAUGUCAAUAUCAUCAUUGGCAGAAAUGGAAGUGGUAAAAGUGCAAUCAUGACUGGUAUCAUCAUUUGCUUAAGUGGACGUCCUAGCAUUACCAAUCGAGCUUCUUCCUUGAAGGAAUUCAUUAAAAAAGACGCCAAAUACGCUCGGAUUAUAAUAACUUUAGCAAACAACGGCCCCGAUGCAUAUCGCGCAGUAGAUUUUGGUCCCAAAAUUUUCCUUGAAAGGCAGAUUCGGAGAGAUGGCCAUUCCACGUGCAAGCUAAAGUCUACAAACGGUCGAAUUAUCGCCAACGAUAAAAAAGAACUUCAAAAUAUAUUGGAACAUUAUAAUAUACAAAUUGAUAAUCCAGCUUGCUUCCUUACGCAAGAUGCUAGCCGAGAAUUUUUAGAAUCUCAAAAUGAAGCUAAAAAAUAUGAAUUUUUUUUUAAAGCCACUCAGCAACAAUAUAACAACUUUAUCUGUGCUUCUGAUACUCAGCAAUACUCCUUAGCUGCUGUUAAUAAGAAAGAAAAAGAAGAUAAAGAAAAGCUAAGUGAAUCAAGGAAAGUUGUAGAGUUAGAAAUUACAAAGCUGACUGACAAGCUGCAUAACCUUCAAGAAAAGAAAGCCAGUUUAGAUGCAGAAAAUAAGUCCUGUCAAGAUGAAAAGUUAUCGUGCAAUGUAAUGGUUUCACCACAGCUCACUUUUUUAUUUGAAGCGUAUUCAUCUUUAAUACAACCUUCGAUAAAAGCUUUUAAAAAUUCUUAA